AUGGGUAGGAGAAAAAUCGAGAUCGAGCCAUUGUCCAAAGAUAGAAAUCGGACAGUAACAUUUGUCAAGCGUAAAGCCGGUUUAUUCAAAAAAGCCCACGAGCUAGCGGUCUUGUGUCAAGUGGAUCUAUCAGUCAUAAUAGUGGGCAGUAACAACAGAAUCUAUGAGUAUUCUACUGUGGACACUAAAGAAGUAUUCAACUGCUAUGAAAGGAUCGUGCAAACUAGGAAACAUGUACAUGAGGAGAAGUCUCCUGAGGACUAUCUGGUAUAUCGCAAAAAACGUCAUUUGCAUGAACCAUUGACCGAUAAACAGGGGCACGUUGUGGGCACGGGCGCACCUUUGAACGAUGACGACGUUGACAAUGUUAUCUUGGGCGAUGACGAGAUUGAUGAAGAAGAUGGCGAUACCAGAAUGGACGACGCUGCUGAAGGGGAAACACCAACACGUCUCAGAAAGAAGCCUCGAACACGCCAAAACACCACUGCAUUAAGCAAGAGUCGAAACCCAAAGGUUUUCAAUAGUAAGAGCUCACCUCCUCCACCCCCUCCUUCACAAAUAUCACUAAAUAACGUACCACCUUUCAACAAGUACAAGAAACCAGAUAUCACUGUUUCAAAUCAUCUGCAGAAACUGCCAGCACUGAGGCUGUUGCAAAACACGCCUUCGCCGAACAUGGGACGCAAAGAAAAUUCUUCUCGACCAGUUUUGCGGGUACAGAUCCCCACUGAUGCCAAGGGUAACCAAACUAAGUCAGAGACAUUCAAUUUAGAUAUAAAGGGAUCGGGUUCUACAGACACGGCACGAACCGUAACCGCGGUUGAAAACACUAGCUCCUCAAUAAAUUAUUCAUCUACAAAUCAUACCGGAGUCAGCGGCAGUACCAAUGGAAGCCACCAAGGAGUCAGUCAUGCUCAGCAUUCAAUGCACAUUGGUACUGCUAACCAUUUAUUGCGUAAUCAAACUUCGUCAUCGUCAAAGCUCAGUGGCUACUCAUCGUUUCGAUCGCCAGAUUCGAGAAAGCCGACAUUGCCAUUGCCAAUAAAUUCCAAAUCUCAAACUUCUUCACCAGCAAGUGCCACUUAUCCUGGCCUCCCUAAUCCUUUGACUCAUGCAGGAGUAUUCUCCACCAAUAGCCGCAGCAGUAGUAGUGGGAGUAAUUCGAACCACAAUCCAAUCGGAGACCCUGCCACGUUGGGAGAACGGCAGACAGGCGGUUUGGGAAAUAAUACUGGCAACAGCAAUGCUGUAAACACUGAUAACAAUAACUUGUUUUCACCUUCUGUCAUAAAUCUUAAUUCAGGGAAUUUUUAUCCAGUCAAUCAAGGUUCUUCAAACAACUCGUACAUGAACUAUUCUACGCAAGGGUUCCCCCAACAAUACCAACAAUACAACACAAAUAAUCAACAUAAUCAGACUCUGCGAUUGCAACCGCAACUGCAACCGCAACUGCAACCGCAACUGCUGGCAAUCCCCAAAAGUGCUAUGAUUUCCAAUGAACUGGCGGUACAACUUCCCUCGGCAACACCACAAGACUCGGCAACUAGAUUCUGGUCGCAGGUGCCAUUGACACAGCUAACUCAACAGAACCAGCAACCAACGUCGCAACAACUCCAACAACUUCAACAAUUCCAGCAACUCCAGCAAUUUCAACAACUCCAGCAGCAGCAACAACAACAGCAGCAACAGCAGCUGCAGACCUUCGGAAACAACAACGCAAGCAAUUUCAAUGGAGAACAAACACCGGUAUCAGCUUUGCCGUCACGCUACAUGACUGAUAUCUUCCCAUUCCCUUCACCAUCCAAUCUCUUAGGUCCUCAGGAUUGGUCAACAGGCAUGACUCCCACUACUUCUCAAGUUCCACAGUUCUGGAUGAGUGGGUUACCUCCAAAUAGUGCUGGCGGCUUUAGUGUGCAACCUAACCAGCAGCAAACACAACAACUGCAACAGCAAUUACGUCAACAGCAGCAACAACAACAACAACAACUGCAAGAACAGCAACAGGGGAACUCUAGCUCUCUUGGCGAUGAUAAAGGGAAUGCCAAUGACGGAAGUAAGAAAGGAGCAGUGCGGUCAUCAGCAACCUCAACUGCAGCAGUUGCCGGAUCACGAGAAGUGUCUUUCAGUGCUAUCGCUGAGGAGGAUGAGAAUGCAAGUGCUAGUGGCAAUCCUGAUAGUGGUGCGUCUACAAAUGUUGAAAAAGGCAGCGAAAUCACUAACCAGAGUACUACUGAUGCUCCUUCUACAUUGUCGAAAAAGUGA